GCUCCCUCUUCAUGUCAUAGACACAAAAUGCUGGAGCGGCUCAGUCAGAAGUCUGAAGAAGGGUCUCGACCCGAAACGUCACCCGCACAUUCUCGCCAGAGAUGCUGCCCGUCCCGCUAAGUUUCUCCAGCGUUUUGUGUCUAUCUUCGGUGUAAACAGGCAUCUGCAGUUCCUUCCUACCGUGUACCUCUCCUCUGCUCAGAAACCCCCGGCAGCCCCUCACUAUCUAUAACCCCCUCCAGCACCCAACCGCUAACCCCACUUUAUCUCUAAUCCCCUCCAGCAUCUAACCCCCACCCUACAGUAUCUCUAGCCUCAUCUACCCCUAUCUCUUGCCGUCACCCGACAUUCCUCUCUUUCUAAGCUGUUUGGUUGGGUUGCUAGGUACAUUCCGAUCCGCCCCGCCUCUUGUCGGCUGAAUCAAGUGAUUCAGAGUCUUUGGACUUCCCUUCGUCAGUGUGUGGUGGCAAUGGGUUCGACAGCGAGCGAGAUUACUUGUGAACAGCUGGAGAGAAUGAUGGUGGAUGGCAGAGUGACCAUCUUCGAUGUCCGUAACCCGGACGAGCUGGAAAACGGCAGGAUCGUUGGAUCUGUCAACAUUCCAGUCGACAAGGUGAAGGAUGCCUUCUCACUGGACGCGGAGAACUUCCAGGACCAGUUUGGGGCGGAGAAGCCGAAACUGGAAUCGAUGCUGGUGUUUUACUGCAGGGCGGGGCGCCGAGGGAACACGGCCGUGACGAUCGCCCGGGAUCUGGGCUACACCAGGGCCGUGAAUGUAAUUGGUGGUUUCCAGAAGUGGACUGGCGAAGACUAGGCUGUGAGGGCGGAACGUGAGGAUGUUUCCCUGAUUGCAUCGUCCGUGGCAACGGCUCACUGGAACCAGGAAACUGACAAAGGAUUAAAACUUGCUCAGG